UCCCGUUCUGCUCCACAGUGUCGUCACAGAGACAGAGAGAAGCUCUUGCAAGUCUUCUCCUGCUGCUAGUGUCAACGUUCCUGCAGAGUUUAAACACAUCAAUACAGGAAAACAUCCCACUGCAGAAAGCAGGAGAGAUAAGAAGUGAGAACAUGGCUUCUAGAGGAAGCAGCACAGCUCAGCUAUCAUCCUCUGAUUCUUUCCUCGCAAAUACAUCUUUCAGACAAAUGCAGAAAGAUACAAGCAAAGAGAGACCGUAUCACUGCGCAGAGUGUGGAAAGACUUUUAAUCAGCGUGCUCAUCUCCUACGACACCAGCGCGUUCACACAGGAGAGAAGCCAUAUCAGUGUUCAGAGUGUGGAAGAAGGUUUAGUGUACAGAGUAGUCUCCAGAGACACCAGCACAUCCACACAGGAGAUAAACCCUAUCGCUGCUCAGAAUGUGGGAAGAGUUUUAUUCAGCAACGUAAUCUGCAGGUACACCAGCGCAUUCACACUGGAGAGAAACCGUAUGAGUGCUCAGAGUGUGGAAAGAGGUUUAGUGAUGGGUGUAACCUUAAAACUCACGAACGCAUUCACACAGGAGAGAAACCGUAUCGCUGCUCCAUGUGUGGAAAGGCGUUUAAUCAGCAUAGUCACCUUCAGCUACAUCUGCGUAUUCACACGGGAGAGAAACCGUAUCAGUGCUCAGAGUGUGGAAUGAGGUUUAAUAACGGAUGUAAUCUAAAAACACACCAGCGUAUUCACACCGGAGAGAGACCGUAUCACUGUUCGGAUUGCGGGAAGAGUUUUACCCUACGGAUACAUCUGCGAGUACACCAGCGUAUUCACACUGGAGAGAAACCGCACCAGUGCUCAGAGUGCGGCAGGAGGUUUACUGCACAGAAUACUCUUCAGCUGCACCUGCGCACUCACACAGGAGAGAAACCCUAUCACUGUUCGGACUGCGGGAAGAGUUUUAGUGUUCCUGGUACUCUUCAACGACACCAGCGUGUUCACACUGGAGAGAAACCGUAUUUCUGCUCAGCUUGUGGAAAGAGUUUUACUCUACAGAGUCAUUUCCAACGACACCAGCGCGUUCACACUGGAGAGAAACCGUAUUACUGCUCAGAAUGUGGGCGGAGCUUUAGGCAUUCACACACUUUAAAGUUACACACGUGCAUGAAGAGGGACCCAGAAGCACAUGACACAUGCAGUGUGAUGGAGUGUCCUCCUUUGGUCUGAGAAGGUUUUCCUGUAGACUUGUGACUUCAGCACCAUCCGAUCGUGUCACCCAGCCAACGCUGACUGGUGGUAACAUCAGAGAAAGCAGAGAAAAUAAUCAUGUUUUUGUUUCUGGUCAGAAACCUUUAAGCUAACAUUGUUCUUGGUGUGAUUUGGUAGUUCUUCCUGUAAUUUGGUAGUUGUUCUUGCAAGUUUAGUAUAUCGUGCAUUCAUAUUAGGGCUGCACGAUGAAUAGCAUUUUUACCGUUAUUGCGAUAAACACAUGGUUAGAGCGGCGAUCAUGGAACAGAUCUAAUUACCUCAUACAUGCAGCACCAUUGAGACGUCGUUAUGUUACCAGCACAAACCGUCACAAGCCUGCUUCUCUGCGCUGCAACUGAACCUGCUCUCCCACGUGGGAGCUGGGUAACUAAACCAUUACAACUACAAAACACAUAAUGAGACCUUAAAAUGUUGCUAUAACUCAGCUUUAAUGGAAAUUCAGCUACAAAACACUAGGGGUGGGAAUCUCUAGGUACCUCAUGGUUCGAUUCUGUUACGAUUCAGAGGGCUGCGAUGUGAUUAUAAAACAAUGAUCGAUGCAUUUUGAUGCAUCUUUUUUCUAUACAGGAUUUCUUUUUUCUCACUGUG